AUGGUGCUUCUGGGGGUAUGUAAUCCUCUUUUGGACGUCGUGGCUGAGGUACCCCGUUCGCUUAUCGACGAAUAUGGGCUGCCCCACGGGGGCGCCGUCCUCGCGAACGAGCACCAAAUGAGCCUUUUCCCCAUACUGGAAAAGAAGUAUGCAUGCAAGUAUCUCGCAGGAGGAUGCGGCCAGAACACUAUUCGCGUGUACCAGGCACUGUGUAACAACCCCGGGGAGAGCAAAUUCCUUGGGUGCAUCGGCCAAGAUAAGGAGGGCGCCCAGCUCAAGGAACUGCUGGAAUCACAGGGUAUAAUCCCCAUCUAUAAAACGAGCGCGACAAAGCCUACGGGCACCUGCAUGGUGCUGGUGACCGACAAAGAACGCUGCGUCUGCACCAAUUUGGGAGCCUCAGUAGAUAUCGACGAGGCCUUUGUAGAGGCGAAAUGGAAAGAGGUUGAAGCAUGCGACGCCGUGUACUGCACCGGGUUUUUGUUGUCCUCUUCUGCUGCCGUGUUGCUGAAGCUUGCUCGUCACUGCCAGUCGUCUGGAAAGACCUUCGCAUGCAAUUUGUCGGCUGAAUUCUUGAUGCAUGAGUUUAAGGCGGAGUACCUUGAAAUGCUGCAGAGAGCCAAUGUCUGUUGCGGCAACAAGGAAGAAGCCACAAAGUUCGCAGAGUUGAACGGCAUGGACACAACUGGCAGCGUUGGGGAUACAGCAGCGCAGAUCCUUGACCUCAUGCUGAAGGGGCUUGAUGAGGGAGCCAACAAACAAAAAAUGGUUGUCGUUACACAGGGAGCGGAUCCCGUGAUUGUCGCCAGCCGCACGCCAAGCGGUACCAUCUCUAUCGGCUCGUAUCCUGUGCCCGAGGUGCCUAUGGAAAAAAUAGUAGAUUUGAAUGGGGCAGGAGACGCUUUUGUUGGCGGCUUGCUGUUCGGGUUGCUGCACAACAUUGGAAUCGAUGCUGCAAUAGAACUUGGAAACUGGUGCUCGGGAGUUGUUAUCAGGCGAAGCGGAUUUUCAUUCGAUGCUACGGGAUGUCCUUACAUUAAAUGA